UUGGGAGCGGCGGCAAGCCUGCACAGGAAGUUGGGAACGGGGGAAGAGUUAUGGCAGCUGGGAGAGGAGGAACCACAAUCCACUGGAACCAACGCCCUGCCCGGACGCCUACUGCAACCUGGUCAUCCUGGCUGUGGAGAACAAGGAGGCCGCAGAGGAGUACUGCUCUCUGAUCUGUCAGAUGUUCCAGAUCAUUUACGGCCAUCAGACCAUUGAGUGUGUGGACAGAGCAGGGUUUCACCACACCAUGCCCGACCGCUUUUGGCUGCAGAGAAGUGACAGCUGUCUGACUGACAUGUCCUACAGUUAUGAUCCAGACUUUAGCUGCUGCAGCUCAUAUGAUGGUUCCCAGGAUGCCUUUGAGCUCUACUACAGUGAGACGUACAGUGAGAGUUCAUCUCUCUCUCUGCAGGACUCCCAUCGCAGUCUGGCUUCAGUCAGCGACGGAGGAGACAGUAACCCUGCUCUGCUGCUGAUGCAGGAGUACAUGAUAACAGUAUGCGCCCGUUCAUCCCUGAUAAGGACGUCGGGGUGUUUGAGGGUUUCCUGGAGAGCAUUGGGAUCCGGGAGGGCGGGAUUUUAACCGACAGCUUUGGACGAAUCAAACGCAGCAUGAGCAGCACGUCGGCCACGGCCAUGAGAGGGUAUGACCACAGCUCGAUGGCGUCGGGAUCUCAGGAAUUCAACCGACGCAUCACAGACAUCACCCACGACAUCCAGGCGCUCGGCUUCCAGGACACACACGGUGACAUCGAGGAGGAAGACUACUACCUCUGAUGGAGGGAUGAAGGGGAAACACAGACACAGUGUGACACAGUGUUUGAACUUUCUGUGUGACCGAGUUCUCUCCUUCGACAGAGAAAUAAACUGUAAAUAAGU